GGAAUUUUUGUCCGUAAAAAUUAGUUUUUUUUUACUUGAAAUAAUUAAAAUACUCAUCAAGAUGCUGCACUUCAAAGCCAUUCCAGAAGACUACGUGCUGAAGGCCGCCAAAUGCGCACAGUUGGCUCUGGGCUGCAGCCGUGCGGCGCACCAAACUGCACUGCGCGGUGUUACGGUACCCAACCCCCAGAUUGCUGCACUAACUCCUAAGGUCCGCGCAUUCGUGGAACGCAGCGCAGCUCUAUGCCAACCCGAGCAUGUGCACGUGUGCGACGGUUCUGAGGCCGAAGCCGGAGCCUUACUGCAGGUCAUGCAGCUCCAGGGCGCGAUCAAGCGCCUGCCAAAAUAUGAUAACUGCUGGCUAACUCGCACAGACCCGGCAGACGUGGCUCGCGUGGAAUCCCGCACCUUCAUCUGCUCUGAAGACGAGCGAGACGUAGUGCCUGCAGCUCGAGCGGGUCAAAAAUCUGCCCUUGGGAAUUACAUUUCGCCCAAAUUGUAUGACAAAGCUAUUUCUGAGCGGUUCCCGGGUUGCAUGCGAGGUCGCACAAUGUAUGUGAUCCCAUUCUCGAUGGGCCCUGUCGGAUCUCCUCUCUCCAAGAUCGGUGUGGAGAUCACCGACUCGCCCUACGUUGUCUACUCCAUGCGUAUUAUGACUAGGAUUGGCAGCAAAGUCCUUGAAGCCCUUCGCAAGGACGAGAACUUCGUGCGUUGCCUACACGCUGUCGGCACGCAAGGGACGCCUGGUUGGCCAUGUGACCCCGCAAAUACCAUCAUCCUGCACAAGCCUAUUGACAACGAAAUUGUCAGCUAUGGCAGUGGUUAUGGCGGCAACAGUCUACUGGGCAAGAAGUGUUUCGCUCUGCGUCUUGGCUCCGUGAUUGCACGCCGAGAGGGCUGGCUCGCUGAGCAUAUGCUGAUCGUAGGCAUCACAGACCCGAAAGGCCGUAAGCGCUACAUCGCAGCUGCGUUCCCUUCCGCCUGCGGCAAGACCAAUCUAGCCAUGAUGACGCCCACCCUGCCAGGGUACAAAGUCGAGUGCGUCGGCGACGACAUCGCGUGGAUGAAAUUCGAUGAGAAUGGUGUACUGAGGGCCAUUAAUCCUGAGAAUGGAUUCUUUGGAGUUGCACCUGGAACUUCAGCCACUACUAACCCAAUGGCAAUGGCAACUGUGUUCAAAAACACCGUGUUCACAAAUGUAGCUGAAACAAAAGACGGUGGCGUUUGGUGGGAAGGAAUGAGCCCCGCACCUGAAGGUCUUACUGACUGGAAGGGACAACCUUUCGACCCCAGCAAGAAGACUCCAGCUGCACAUCCAAACUCAAGAUUCUGCUCUCCAGCAGCUCAAUGCCCAAUAAUCGAUGACAACUGGGAAAGUGCUGAUGGAGUACCGAUCUCAGCAAUCUUGCUUGGUGGACGUAGACCCUCUGGUGUCCCAUUGGUUGUGGAAGCUAGAGAUUGGAAACAUGGUGUCUUCAUGGGUGCAUCUAUGAGAUCUGAAGCUACUGCUGCUGCUGAAUACAGCGGUAAAGUAGUUAUGCACGAUCCGUUCGCGAUGCGUCCGUUCUUUGGCUACAACUUUGGCGAGUACCUGAAGCACUGGCUGUCGAUGGCGCAACCUGGAAGACAUAUGCCUAAGAUCUUCCACGUCAACUGGUUCCGGAAGGAUGAACAGGGCAAAUUCCUCUGGCCCGGUUUUGGGGAAAACUCUCGCGUAUUGGAUUGGGUGCUGCGUCGCUGCGACAAUGAACCUUGCCACAUGGAAACCCCACUCGGUUACGUACCAGCUCCCGGCGCAUUAAACACAGAGGGCCUGAAAGAUAUUCAGAUGAACAAACUAUUCAGCAUUCCUAAAGAUUUCUGGAUACAAGAGGUGGAUGCCGUUAAAAAAUACUUCACCGAGGAAGUUGGCGAAGACUUACCAAACGAAAUUUGGGAUGAACUGGACAAACUUAGAAACAACGUGCAGCAUAAUUAA